UGUGUGUGUUCGUGCGUCAAUAAAUACCUGUUAUCGAUACACUGAAAGAUAACUGCUCAUAACAACAACACCUGUUUCUACCGCAUUGCCAAGAAUAAGAUAACGAAAAUAACGUUGCUGGCUGAUAGAUAGAUAGAUAGAUAGAUAGAUAGAUAGAUACCGGUACAUAAAGAACGACAGACAUAUAUAUAUAUACUCACAAGGUUACAAUCCCCCCCAAUCCCCCAAUCCCCUAGGCCGAGAUUGUCCGCCAGCAUGUAUGGAAACCGGAAGGAAAACAAAAAAUACCAACUAGAAAAAAGAUUGUUCAUGGUAAUCUAAAAGCCUGGUGGAAAUAAACGUGUGGUGGGUUUGUUGGGCUGGCUUUGCUUGAACAGGCUUAAAUAUUGCCACUGUUUCUAUACCUGCAGUGUUAAUAUACAGUACAGUCCCCUUCACAAGUGCGUUUACAGGGGCUCGUCAAGUUCAGUCCAUUGUGGCAAUCCUGUGUUUGUUUCCAUUCGACAGAUGGAAACUCGCAGUAGUAAACAGACUAUGGAAUCAAAUUUAUGGAAUGUUUAUAAUUACGACGAACUCCUGUAAACGCACAAGUGAAGGGGACUGUAUAUUUUUUUUGAAUACCUGCACCAUCUAUGGAUCUAAAUACUGAAUCCUUGUGAAAUUCUAUGGCGAUUUUACUGACAGAAGUAUUAAUCUGUCUCUCCCUGGUGACUCUGGACGGCGCAGCUCUAUACAAUAACGAGUUUAUCGAAAGUUACCAAGAAAUUCAUGUUUUAUUGCUACCUUUAUCUCUCUGGUGAUGCGGGCCGAUUGUCUUCCUCCCUUACAUAAUGCUGAUUAAAUUAAACGACAUUUGCCCUCUCUGAUUUUUCUUUGUUUAUUUGUUAUUGGUUUUUGUCCUUGUUAUAUUUUAUCUUUGUAUUACAUUUUUUAACAAUUCCAAACGGCUAUAAAAAUGUAUUGUUUGUAUUUCACUCUCCAGUAAAGAAGCCCCAAGUUCACAAUCCGUACAGCGGUAAUCACUGAUGUCACUGAUAAGCGAUAUCGAAGACCUAAUUAGUCUAUAGAUAGUGUUAGUAUGUCUAGAUGAGAUUUCCCUGAUAGCCUGUUAGUUACGUCAUGGUCAGGCGUCGUCUGAUGUAAGGAUUAUGUUAGUGAGCUGAAUCACUCAUUUGCAUUCCUCUUAGUUAAUAUGUGGUGGUAGCGUUAGGUUAGGUACUGAAUCCAGUGUUACCUGACAUUCACUUCGUCUGUGUUGUUGACGACGGGGCCCCUCCUAGACGGAGUUAUCUUAUCAGCUGCUAAUUCUGUUGUAGCCGUGUCAUAAGCCAUGUGUGGCCUGGGUUAGUCUGCUGCUGGCUCCUCAGUUGUCCAGCAGUGGCGCAGUGUGGGUUAGUGUGCCCGCCUGUGACUAGUGUUUGUUUACACUUUACAUGAAGAUCUACGGAGACUUUUAAGCUGCUGGGGCAAGGAUGCCUUCAGGAAACUACAAUAGCGGCUUCGAAUGGGAUGACCCUCGAUCUGGUCGACGAGCAACUGACAACAACGAGACACCUGACAACACAGACAGGUACUACCAAGAUCCCAGGUACCAAGGUGUGACAAGGGACAGGUACCAAGGUGUGACAACAGACAGGCACCAAGGUGUGACAAGAGACAACAGGUACCCAGGUGUGACAAGAGACAACAGGUACCCAGGUGUGACAAGAGACAACAGGUACCCAGGUGUGACAAGAGACAACAGGUACCCAGGUGUGACAAGAGACAACAGGUACCCAGGUGUGACAAGAGACAACAGGUACCCAGGUGUGAGAAAAAACUAUCAAUCACCCCAUACAAGAGGCCGGGAACUGGAGAGAGGAGAGAGAAUUGUCAGAAAUACGACCAACGAGGAUCAAGGGCAAGAAGAGUAUCCACCAAGGAGCUCCCAGGGCGUUGACGUGAGGCACCAGAGACCCGCUAUGUAUUCCAGGGAGUUGCAACAUGACUCCCAAAGACCCUCGAAUCGUCAGUAUCCGAAACGUCAUGAGACAAGAGAGGCGAAUGGUAACGAUGACUACCGACGUUAUCCACAAGCCAGGGACAUCAAGAGGUCACCCAGGAGGCAUGAUUUAGAGAGGACCUCGCCGGAUACUGACGACGAAGUAGAGCUGCAACCUAUGAGCAAUAACCAACCGAGUAUUGACCAGAGACGCGGCCAUACGUCCUCCCCUGGACAUACAAACAGAGAUGUAGAUGGAAAACCUGCGAUGGGGCAUGAUGACUACAGAGAUGCACACCACCAUCAGCGUCACCACCUUCAGGAGCUCCACAGUCACCCGUAUCCCCAUGCUUUCAGAGGUCCGACUACACACGUGGAGAAGGGGCCCUACACACAAACACGUUACCCGGAUCAAGGUUAUCCUGACGCCGGCUGUGAUGAAGUCGACGCCAGAAGAGUUUAUCCCGAAGACCAACCUGACGAAGAGGGAUGGACAGAGCUGGCAAACAUGAUGCCUUCAGAGGUCGACAGACGUCAAGGGACUCUACGUUUCCGCGGCACACUGAGGCUCUCUCAGAACACCACCACGCAAGACUGGGACGACACACCGAAGCAGGAGGAGCCACCCCUAAGCCAGUGGGAAAUCGCCGAGGCGUUGGCCACUGUGAGGGAACAACCUUGGCCCAUGAACCGACGAAGGCACACACGAGAUGACCUACAGGAGAAACUGGUGAGGAAGGAGAUGAGAUGGUAUUCUAUGCAUCCAGCGAUAAAGAGAGGCGGGACCACCCUCAACCGCUUCUUCAACGAUAUAGAUCCAUGGCAGAGAGUACUGAAGAAGAUUGAGGGCAAGUUUGGCACGAGUGUUGUGGCAGUGUUUAACUUCCUACGAGACAUGAUCCAGCUGAAUCUCCUGCUGUCGCUGCUGGUGGUGGGAGCUGUGGUGGUUCCCUCGGCGCUGCUGGUCAAAGACUCGGAUCAAGGGUACAGGUGGAUCGCUCCGGGUAACGCCACGGCCUCAAGAAACCUGUGUGGUGACUUGCAUUUGGAAUACAACAGUUCGUGGCUACAGUGCAACACAAACUACAGAGAAUACAUAGAAGAUGUUGUUAAGAAUCACAGCGGUGACUCGGUGGCCUUAGUUCAAGAUUUCCUACAAGGGACUGGCUUCCUGGAGUGGUCGGUACUGUUCAGCGGCUACUAUACCCCUAAAGUUAACGACGGUCACUACCUCAUCAGUCUGGCCUACGUCCUCACCGUCCUCUUUGUGUACUUCAUAUCACUAUUCUAUGUGGUGUACUUCGUUGCCAAAUUCCUUCGUAAGACGACGGGAUACUCAGACAAAUACAACAUGACUUACACCAACAUCGUCUUCACAGGGUGGGACUUCACCGUGAACGAGCAUGAUGCGGCACAAACGCAACACAGUCUUGUUGUGAGUGAAGUGAAGGCAGCUUUUGAUGAUGAACAAUUCUUCAAGACGAAACAAAAUCGGAACAAUUGUGACUUGGCCGUCCUCUACCUCACCCGCCUCUUUAUCAACGUAAUGGUCUUGGCUCUGAUUGUCGGAGGGUGGACGGGCAUUUACUUCCUGGUGAGACAAUCUGAGGAUGAAUCAGAAAGUGAAGAAGAAUACAAACAGUUUCUGUGGGAGUACGCACCGACAGUGACGGUGUCAGCCCUCAACUUUGUCUACCCAAUUAUAUUUGACUUCGUGGUGAAAUAUGAGCACUACAGAGGGCGCACUGAGCUCUUCAUAACCCUCAGUCGUUGUGUUCUCAUCAGACUGACGUCGCUGGCAAUCCUCGUCAUAACAAAAAUGAACGUCAUCUCCGAAGAUUCUCAUGACUGCGACCCCACAAGGAAUGGAUUCAUAUGCUGGGAGACGCACCUCGGCCAACAGAUAUACUCUGUCUUGGUUCUAGAUUUUAUCAUUCAGAUUGGAAUGACUUUCGUGGUAGGUGUAGCAAGGACCGCAGUAGGUCACCUCGAGCACCCCCUCUGUAAAGCAGUGGGACAUAUGGAAUUCUAUGUGCCUAGUCAUGUGUUGGACAUCGUGUACACGCAGGCACUCUGUUGGCUGAGUAUCCUGUACUCCCCCAUCAUGGCGGCCAUCUGCUUCCUCUACUUCUGCAUAUUGUUUGGCCUCAAGUUUUUCACAGUGACCUGGACCUGUGUGCCACCUACCAGGGUGUUCCGCACCUCUCGCUCCUCCGCCAUGUUCAUGACCAUUCUCUCAAUCGCCUUUGUGGUGUGUCUUGUACCUAACGGCCUGGCCCUCCUCCUCCUCACGCCCUCCAAGGCUUGUUCACCAUUCCGAGGCUUGGGGUGCGGCUGGGAAGCCCUCACAGAUUACAUAUGCAACAUGGACAAUUUCGCAUCCUGGAUCAGGUGGGUGUUAUUUGCACUGGACGACAUGGUGGUGUCCAUGAGUAUCCUGAUGGUGGCGAUCCUACUCCUCACCUACUACGUCACGGUCAUCAAGGCUCGCUGGGCCCUCAUCAAAAGACUCGAGAAGAAGCUUAAGUACACGGCCAAGGACAUCGCCUACCUUAGAAACGAUGAAAAGACACGCCAGGCUUUAUGUGCGGCGCGGAUGUUCUCACAGGCAAAGUGAACGACCACAAUAUAUUCAACUAACACGCAUUUAGGACAAUCGUGUAACAUUCUUGUGUUUGUGUGAGAGAGAGAGAGAGAGAGUAUUUUUGCAACAUAUAUUUCUUUGUUAAUGAUUAUGGAGCCUAUAAUAUUGUAUGAUCAUUUAUAUACAUUAUUAAGACGGUA